AAGUCUAAACAUGAUGUUGAGACGCUCAAGUUAUAAACAUUGGAGGGAAAGUCUCGAGCUGAUAUAGUAGAGAAGUACCCGCAUCUAGCGUUAUAUCUGAAACGCCACAAAUACCAGAUCACUUACUAGUUAGGAUGACUCGCUUGUAUUAUUUAAUGAGAUAAAAUAUUCAAAUCGCAUUACAUUAUGGGCUAAAUAAUUGAUGUGCUCAAUUUUAAUCGAUCGUUCCAACACAAUAUAUUAUGGUAGGCAUGCUUUAAAUGAUUUAUUUAUUUGUGAAAUUAACUUAACACAGUGCAAUAUACAUAUAACCAAAAUAAUUAGGCCUGACACUAAGCAUAUGUUCCAUUGGGUGGAUAAGACAAAGAGAUCAAAAGCACGUGAGAGCACAAAUUCCCCGGGGUAAAUAAAUAAGAGACCAAGCACGCAUGACAAACUAGAAUCAAUCGACCGUGGAGAUCGCCGGCCGCUCCUUCCGCGUCCCCGUGCCGGCGUCCCUCGGCUGUCGACGGCCUGAUCCGGGAACGAGAACAUUGCACCUGAAUUGUGAUCAGCGUAGGAUCGCUCCAAUGUCAACUACUGCACAGCCUCUGAAGAAGUUAGUCUCAGGCGUUAUCCUUAAUUUGGAUGGCACUCUUUUGAACACAGAUGGCAUUCUAAGCGAGAUUUUAAAAGUAUUCUUGGUCAAAUAUGGAAAACAGUGGGAUGGUAGAGAAGCUCUUAAAAUAGCAGGGAAGACGCCCUUUGAGUCUGCAGCUGUAAUAGUUGAAGAUUACGAGCUUCCUUGUGCAACAGAAGAAUUCGUCUCUGAAAUCACUCCAAUGUUUAGUAAUCAAUGGUGUAAAAUUAAGGCACUUCCAGGUGCUGACCGGCUAAUAAAGCAUCUGAGACAUCAUGAAGUGCCAAUGGCACUGGCAUCUAAUUCUCCAAAAGAGAACAUUGAAGCAAAAAUAUCUUAUCAUGAAGGUUGGAAGGAGACAUUUUCUGUCGUCAUUGGGGGUGAUGAAGUGAGGAUCGGAAAACCGUCCCCCGAAAUAUUUCUUGAAGCAGCAAAUAGAUUAAAGAUCGAACCUCCUAACUUGCUGGUUAUCGAAGAUUCUGUACCCGGUGUUACUGCUGGCAAGGCCGCCGGAAUGGAAGUAGUUGCCGUACCAUCCCUUCCCAAACAAACUCACCUUUACACUUCAGCUGACGAGGUCAUCAACUCAUUACUUGAUUUAGGACCUGAAAAGUGGGGCUUGCCUCCAUUUCAAGAUUGGAUUGAGCGCACUUUGCCGGUAGAACCGUGGCAUAUCAGCGGCCCCGUCAUCAAGGGAUUCGGUCGUGGCUCUAAACUUCUUGGGGUUCCAACAGCUAAUCUAUCAACGGAAGGCUAUUCAGAUCUACUCUCGGAACAUCCCUCCGGAGUAUAUUUCGGCUGGGCUGGACUAUCGGCCAGAGGCGUCUAUAAAAUGGUCACGAGCAUCGGUUGGAAUCCAUACUUCGACAACAAGGAAAAGACAAUCGAGCCCUGGCUGUUGCACAAGUUCGACGAGAAUUUCUAUGGAGAGGAGCUGCGUCUCGUCAUCGUCGGCUAUAUACGAGCAGAGGCGAAUUUCCCAUCGCUCGAGAGCCUAAUAGCAAAGAUCCACGAGGACGGGGAUGUCGCGGAGAGAGCUCUCGGUUUGCCAUUGUACGCGAAGCACAGGGACGACCCGUAUCUGAAAAUGUAUUGAAAAUGGGCAAUUCCUAUUUGCUACUCUAUCCAAUUGUCGAAACUAAUACCGUAUCGAUCUUACAACUCUGCAAGGAAUCGCAGCGGUCUUAUACUCGAUUGAGAGUGAUAAAACAAGAGGCUUGUAACCCCUAAUACAUCAACACCUUGUAUCUAUGAACCAGACAGUCAUCCCAUGCCGCCCAUAAUAAUUCAAAUACAUGCGAUUUGAUUGAGA